UAUUUAUGACUUAAAGGAAGAACGCUGCAGGUCCAGAAAUCUCCUCCCAGCCUGAGGAGGAAGAAAAACACUGCUUGAAUUUAUCAUUUGCCACUUGUCACCGUGACGUCAGCUCAGAGCUGAGCUCUGCACCUGUGGCUGGGACCUUAAAUAAGCUGACGCCAGAAGAGAAAGGCACUUUCUCUUAGGCUUAGCAGCAAGGGGCAGCAGCAGGCGAAGUGGCAAUGAGACGCUCUGUGUUCCUCGCUCUGUGGCUCAGCCUGGUGUUGAGCCUUUCGAAAGAAACAGCUGCUCAAGAACCUGGUAUCGAAUCAGCAACGACAACCCCAACAACAACAGAAUCCACUACUGCACCUACAACAACUCCUACUGCACCUACAACAACUCCUACAGCACCUACAACAUCUUCCAGCACAGCAGUGACGACAAGCUCACCAACUACAGAAUCCACUACUGCACCUACAACAACUCCUACAGCACCUACAACAUCUUCCAGCACAGCAGUGACGACAAGCUCAGCAACUACAGAAUCCAGUACUGCACCUACAACAUCUCCCAGCACAGCUGUGGUGACAAAUGCAACAUCUCCAGAAAACAGUACUACACCUACAAAAACUCCAGCCACGACAGAGGCAGAAACCUCACAACCUAUAGUGGACUUCUGCCAUGACUCUCCUUGUGGAAGAAAUUCGGCUAAAUGUAUUUCCUUAAACAGCAAUUUCACCUGUGAGUGCGAUUAUGGAUUCUACUACACAGAUAAGAAUUGUUACAGAGGACAAGUAUACCCAGCCACCAUUGAAGUGCAAAUGUCUUACACUGGUAGUAUUCCAGCUGUAAAUUCCACYGAGUAUGAAGAAUUGUUUUACAAAGUCUCAAAAUUUUUUGAAGGGGCCUUCAAAGAUCUAGACUACGAACAAACUGUCAUUGUGGAAAUUCGAUCUSUACAAAAAACCAGAAAUUCUCWUCCACUGAAUGUAACMGUGACUAACCUGUUCAUGUUGAAYGCAACUGUAAAUGACGCCUCAGUUKWUUCUGCAGUACAGAAUGCAAUAAGUACUGAAGGAGAUAGGUCCUUUGUCUCUACAUACAAAGCGGCAAAGCAUUGUGAUGUUUAUCAGUGUGAUACUAAUACCGCUGAGUGUUACGUGCAGGACACAUCUGACAUGACUCCAGAGUGCAAAUGCAAACCUGGUCUAGCAAAAACACAAUGGGAUGAUCGUUCUUGUUCAGUUUGCAGUGAAAGCUGUUCUGCAGAUAAACACAAGUACUGCGUAUAUAAAAACGGGGCUCCAUCAUGUGAAUGUAUGAUUAACUUUAAAAGAAAGGUUGACGACUGUGUGGCUUGUGCAGUGGGAUUCUCUGGGGAGAACUGCACGGACAAUAGUGAACUCAUCCUUAUAAUAGUGGGUACAGUGCUUGGAGCCAUUACCCUGAGUUUAGUGAUAGCAGUCUCCGUUAUUUCAGCCAGAGCAAACCGCAAACAAAAUCCAGAAAAGAGGAGACUGAUAAAGCCAGGAUAUUCCGACAGUGAUAUCUCUGAUAGCAGACCAAGCAUGUUYCCCAGGGUCCAGACCACUUCUGGCCAUGCAAACCCAGGAUAUCAGCCCAACAACCCCUACGAGAUGCGUCCCACAAAUAGAGGUCAUUUUCCAGAGAGGGAUUAUGAUGAUUUGUAUGAAAUAUCACGGGAGCCWGGGGGCUUUAGGAUGCAAAGCAGAUAUUGAGUGACCGGAGCAGUAGAAGGAUGGACAACCAUCACAACACUGGGUCAGAGCAAAGAGUUUCACAAACUCUCACCAAUGCAGUCACAUCAGCAGAAGAGACAACAACAUCCUUAACCCCAGAUUCUCUCAAGAUUUUYCAAAGGAAGACUCCUGCUUGAAAGAGAUUGUGGACAACUUUGAAAUAAGGGAAAAAUCGAACAGAGGGUAGAAAGAAGAAGAGGACUUCUUUUAAAAGAACUAAUGGGUUCCAAUAAACAUUAAACUUCUUUCAGGAGGCCAGUACAUUGGCAAGAGACUGAGUGGAGACAAGAUACCAGGAUAUUAACCCUUCUGGUUUUCAGUUCUUCUGGAAGAUGAUCCAGGCAGUAUGUGUGUGACGCUGAAAAAUGUCAAUACUCAGAACUGCUGGAUUUGUGCUUACUCAGUUUCAACUAUGGCUUUGGGCAGAUGAAAAUUGUUUUUCAUGAGAACCUGACCUUUUCACUUUACUGUAUCAGACACAGUUUUUUCACCCUCCUCAACCCCCUCAAUAUUUCCUAUCUGAAAGCAUUCUGUUCAGAUCUCUGCUGACAUGCAUUGUAUGAGACAAUGGCACUUGUCUGACCUUUUCCAUAUUUUCCAGCCUCCCUUCCCAAUACAAUGACAAGAUACAAUGUCUUCAAACAAACGCUAUUUUUCUUCAUCUUGCAAAACGGCGUUGAUUUUACAUUUUUAGCUCCUGUGGAAAAUGUUAGCAUUUUUUUUUUCUCUUGCAGUCUUUAUGUUUUAAUUAUCAUAA